AUGUCUCUGGUCUUCAUCACCGGAGUCACAGGCUUCAUUGGCUCCCAAGUCGCCCUGCAUGUCCUGCAGGCGGGGUAUCGCGUCCGUCUGGCCAUUCGUCGUCCCGAACAGGCAGACAAAAUCCGUCGCAUUUUCGCUAACUACGAGGGGAAGUUCGAAUUUGACAUCGUACCGGACUUGACCCUGUCCGGAUGCUACGAUUCGUGUCUCCAGGACGUGCAAUAUGUUCUGCAUCUGGCGUCUCCACUGCCUUCGAGCGGAAGUAAUGAUCUUUUGACUCCCGCUGUGCAAGGCACGGUGUCAAUUCUCGAGUCGGCCAUGAAGGUAUCCUCUAUCAGGAAGGUUGUGAUUACUGCCUCGGUUGUGUCGUUGGUCUCACUGGGGAAGGUAGGGAAUGUAUCUAUUAUCCGUGAAAACAAUGACAUCGACUAUACCGUUGACCCGGAAACGGUCCCCUCGCUGGAUCCCAUGGGUCAAUACCACGCUAGCAAACUCGCGUCCUACAAGGCAACCAUGGACUUUGUUCGCGAUCACCGUCCAGUCUUCGAUGUGGUCACUCUGCAUCCGGUUUUUGUCUUCGGACGCAGUCUCAUCCAGGAAUCUCCGAACGAGAUAUCAGGCACCCCGGAACUGCUGUUCAAGACCUUGGUAUCGGAGACACCGCUGAUGGAACAGUUCCUGGGCGUGCAUAUCGAUGACGUUGCGGGUGCGCAUGUCCGGGCGCUGAAUGAUGGGAUUAAAGGAUUCGAGUCGUAUCUUCUUGCUGCGGAGAGGAGAUCCUUGGUCGAGCUGCAUGCAUUCGUGCGGUCCAAGUAUCCUCAGCUGGAAGUGAAAUGGGAGCCUACGGAUUCGGUGAAUUUUUCCGUGGACGCGGCUAAGGCGAAGAAGGCACUAGGCAUGUCGUUUAAAGGCAUGGAAGAGCAGGUGCAGGAUGUUGUGGAUCAGCAGUUGGAGUUGAGAAAUGUUGUUUCUUGA